AUGGAGGUGGAGGGGGAGGUGGAGCUGAAGGAGCUGUGUCGAUUGGAGGGGCACACGGAUAGAGUGUGGAGCCUUGCGUGGAAUCCCGCCGCCGGCGGCGACGGCGUUCCGGCGGUUCUGGCCUCCUGCAGUGGUGACAAGACCGUUCGCAUCUGGAGGCAGAACCUGGCGGCGGACUCCUGGGACUGCACGGUUCGUUUCUCAAAAUUUCCGCUCCCUACCCUACCCGAAACAUGCACAUAGUUGAUUACGAAAGAUUAUGGCAAUUUUGUUCGAAGUGACGUCCGUUUGCUCCGGCUGUGUAAUAAGUAUCUGUUUUCUGUUUCAAAAUUUGACGAUUUAAGGCGGUGCUUUUAAUUUUUUUGUUUUCAUUCGAUUGUGCUGAGUUCGUACUUUUAUAGAAUGGCGAAGCUUUGAUUCAUUCCAUAACCUAAAAGUAGGAAAGUUCGGGAAACGUUGACUAUUUGGAGUCGGCAACACGUCUAAUUAAUUCGACUUAUACCUUAAAUUAUCAUUAGCUAAUUUGCAACCAAAGUCGCCAAAAUCGCUAAAAUCAUCACCGAUUUUCUCUUUGGGAGGCUACCCCUCCAUAUAUGUGGUUGCAGCUAAUCUCUGCGUGGGUAUAAUGGUGGGGGGCGCUUUCCAUCUCCAUGAAAGGAACUAUUUCUCCUAUGUAUCUAUUCGGAAAGCAGUGUCUGCGGGGUUCCUGUUGCAGAAGGUUGGAUAUCAUCAAGGUUAACCUGCCACAAGUAUUGCAGUUCCCACGUCCUAUCAUCACUGGACCCGGUCUCAUUUUCAUUUGCUUGGGUCUGGACAUCAUUUUCAUUAUUGUCACUUCUCUUCGCGCUAAUUGCCAUUUUGUUCAAUAAACUUCUCUAAGAUGAGGUGGUAGCUGUCGAAUGGUAUUUUUACUGUCGGGUUUGAGAUGCCCAUGUAUUUUGCGACAUGGCUUAAAGGUUUUAAAAAAAAACGUGGGAUUAGUCGUCACUUGCUUCAAUAGCUUUUCAGAACACUAAUUACAGUCAUUUAUAACCUAUUGUGUAGGCUGUUUUGGACGAAACUCACACUCGAACAGUGAGAUCUUGUGCCUGGUCACCUUCAGGAAGGCUAUUAGCUACAGCAAGUUUUGAUGCCACGACUGCUAUCUGGGAAAAUGUUGGUGAUGACUUCGAGUGUGUCUCCACACUGGAGGUAUUUGUAUAAUUCAGAACCCUUGUGUGUACCUUGUUUGAAGUUUAUGCAUCAUUGAAUGUUUAUUAUUUUCAAUCGUGUUUUUCCAAUAUUAUUUCCUCUUACUAAUGCUUAUAUUUUAAUUCUGUUGGCCUUCCUAGGGCCAUGAAAAUGAAGUAAAGAGCGUCUCGUGGAAUGCUUCUGGCUCUUUGCUUGCCACGUGUAGUCGUGACAAAUCUGUAUGGAUAUGGGAAGUUCAAUCCGAUGGUAGUGAGUAUGACUGUGUUUCUGUCUUGCAAGGACAUACGCAGGAUGUGAAAAUGGUCCAGUGGCACCCGGUUUCGGAUGUUCUAGUGUCUGUUAGUUAUGACAACUCAAUCAAGGUAUGCAAUGUGAACUAGAAUUGAUAACGACUCCGUCAGGGGGGAAAAGAAAACUAGAGAACUCUUCUUUGAUUGUCAAACAGGUUUGGGCAGAGGAUGGUGAUAUUGAUGAUUGGCGUUGUGUCCAGACACUGGAGGAGUCUAGUGGGUAAUUAAGGUUUAAAUGCUUUCUUGGUAUGAUAUUUUGUCCAGCUUUUAUCUGAGCGUCUAUUUCCUUUUUUUCGUUAAUGGCUUUCAGUGGUCAUACAUCUACAGUUUGGGCAUUAUCGUUCAAUUCGAAUGGGGAUAAAAUGGCCACCUGUAGGUGCGUACAUCUCUCAGCUUCGAAGCUCAUGAAAGUAGUGUUGAUUUAGCAUAUCUUGGCUGAAUUCUCGAUGGGAAACUUCUGACGUAGGAAAGUGUCUGAUUUCUAAAUUGUACAUUUGCAGUGAUGAUCUAACCUUAAAGAUAUGGGACACCAGUGGCUCUUUUCAAAUAAUUGAUGAUGGGCACAGCCCCUGGUGAGAGAUUGACCUUUUUCGUUACAUUUUUUGGAUCCCCUUUUCUGAUAAUUUUCCAUUUUUACAUGAUGAUCGGUUUUUUUAUACUUUUAUUAAACUGGUAGUAAUUGGUUUCCCCUUUUUGUUGGACAGUGGACGACAUGAGCUUAGCUCAUUGCCGUUUUAGGUUAAUCUUAAUGAACAUGUUCUCUCAAACUAUUUGCCUGAAAAGAACAGGUUUUGAACAUAAAAUUUUGGUAAUGGCCAGAAGCAUGCCUUAUAAUGCCUGAAUCUCCACUUGGACCUACUAGGUUGUUAUAUCAAAACUGGACUGUCAAAAGAUAACCAACUGCAAGAACUUUUAUCAGAGAGUAUAUUUUACCUUUAGAUUUUGCAUGUAGAAUAGUUGUAUCUCAAACUGGUUAACCAUUCUGUCCCAUCUAGUUUGAGGAACAAAGGAAACCUGUUAAUGUGUUGUUUAUAUUUCAUAACGCCUAAAGAUGAAGUCUUCAAUUGUGGACCACGUAUAGUUCACUAACUAUAUUUUUUGUUCACCUCUUUUGAGAGGUAAGUGGCCAUUGAACUAAAUGUGAUUUAUCUUCUAAGCCUCUACAUUGGCAUCAAUAUUAUGUGAUAAUGCACGUUAGACCCUUACUACAUUGUGGACAAUAUAUAUCCCUUUUCAUUAUCUCCUUGUUGUUUUUUACUGUUUCCUUCAGGAGACACAUUUGCACUCUUUCCGGAUAUCAUCAUCGGACAUUAUUUUCUGUUGACUGGUCAAGGUAUGUGCUCGUGCAUUAAAUUUAUCAUUUAGUACUGCCAAUCAUUCUGAUGACGAAAAGAAGAGAGGUUUCAUUUUAUCUGUGGACGCUGAUGCCUUAAUAUUUUAUUUUAAUAUGAUCGCGUUUCCAUUUUUCCGCUGAUUACGAUUCAAAUAUAUGUCCUUUCAGAAUUUACAUCUUUAGUGCAUGAUUAAAAUACAGUGUCCAUUACUGAUAUGCCAUGUAUUCCAUUCGGGUUGCAGUUUAACUGCCUGAUAUUGGUUUUCUCAGUGUUUUGCUUCUUGAAUGUCAACAGGGAGGGUAUAAUUGCUACUGGAGCUGCCGAUGAUGCCAUUCGCCUCUUCGUUGAGGACAAACAUAGCCCCGUAUGUAUCAUACCUCUCCCAGCUCUUACUUGUUGUGUUAAUCCAUGCUACUAAAAGCUUCUCAUGUAUUCAUCAUGCAAGUAUAUUUAUGAUGUGCCCAGCGCCCUUUGAAAUGUGGCAUACUUAAUCUUCGGUGUUUCAUGCCUCCAUCUAAUCGAUGCCUAUGGGAUCUAAGUUACCCUUUGAGAUCACAUUCGUCGUGACAGACAAGCCUUGUUCUAUUCAUUUGGGAUCUGCUCUAUCAGCCUUAAGCUUCUGCCAUCUUGACUGGGUUUUUUAUUUAUUUAGGAGAAUUAGAAUUAUUUUAUCUUAAACAGGUAUGCAUGCUUGAAGGCAGUAGUGUAGUAGCUGUAAUGAAUGGCUCUCUCAUACAGUAUUAUCAUCCCCACCUUCUCAUCCGGAAAAUGGAAAAAGGCUCUUUUCUAGCUCCCAAAACAACCAAGACACAGUCCUAGAAGCCCAUGUCAGUGUUUAGUCCGAGAUUACACAACCUCGAGCUCAAAGCCCAGAUGACCAUUACUCAAGAACUCAAAGGAAGCAUCGACAUGGCAGUCCAAUUCAUGGUACAGAUCGAUGCAGACAGUUGAUUACUCACUACCCUGAAGCUACGCAAGAUAAAGAUAGAGAAAUCAACCCUAAGCAUGUUAUUAGCCAAUCAUAUCCACAUCGUCUUAGGAUGGACAGAUUGCCCACAUAAGAUAAAUGAGAGAAGACUAUCUCUCACCUCUUCUUUUCUCUUGGCAAGUCUCCAAUAAACAAGGGUCUCUCAUGCCGAGAUUUCAAGUAGGGUUGUGAUGGUACUAGACCAGGGCUCCUGUACAUGAAAUAUAUAGCACAUCCUCGUGGCAUAAAGCAAGCUUGUGCGACCCGAAGAGCCACGGUUGAGAAGAAUGACUGGCAGCAAACAAGCAGAGCAUGGCUGGGCGGCGAACAAUUGAUUUGACCGUUGCCAACUCAUAUACGCAGAUGCUUGUAUUUCAGAGAUAUGAGGGGCAUUGUUCUGGUGAGAUUUGACCGUUUAAUGUUCCCGGCAUAAGAUAAUCAGUGUAGGACGAGUCAACCAUGCUUUUAAUUCUUUGCUAGCGCUGCAAUUAAAGCUGCCUUCCAGUAGUUCUCAAAAUGGAUACCCAAUUCAAUCAUAGAUCGGGGGACAUGAAGAUGGUUUUUGUGGAAAUAUUCCAUGCAGUGCAGCUUGAUGACCUACUUUUUUUGUGUGUGUUGACUUUUUACAUGAUGGUCCAAAGCCCAAUGAUAAUGAGCACCCGUGGCAUCAGAUUGAGACGUGGUGUCUGCUGGUCAAACUCAAUCUAAAUGCGGACCUCGUGUGGAGGAUAAAACCAUUUUCGGUGUAUAGGUGAUGAUGCUUGGUGGGUCAGAUUCUAUUCAAAUGUGUUUGUUUAAUAUGACACCAUGAUGCUUAAGAUCGCAAUGCCACUAUCAUAACCCAAAUGAAAUUUUAUGAAUCAUAAUUAUCUUAUGAUUCAUCAGAUAACUAGAUGGUAUAAAGUAUGCUGAUUAUGCUCUUGUUUAUGAAUCAUGAUUAUGUAAUUUAAUAUGAUUACGAAUCAUAUGAAAUGCUUGUUUUUAAAAAAAUAAAAAUAAAAAUAAUCUUCCCGAAAUGUUGGAAACCCUUUUUUUUGUUGUUGCUUCAGGCUUAGAGUGCGUAAGAUUUUAUGCUUCUAAUUUUGUCAUCGUUCUCUUCUGUGGGACCCACCAACUGCAGAUUGAUCGGCCGUCAUAUAAGAUGAUCCUGAAGAAGGAGAAGGCCCAUGAGAUGGAUGUCAACGCCGUGAGGUGGAACCCGAAGGUCACUUUCUCAGGCCCAUCUUUCUUCGAAUUCUCCUCUUCCCCUCUCCCACUUGUUAUUAUUAUUAUUAUUAUUAUUAUUAUUAUUAUUAUUAUUAUUAUUAUUAUUCUUAUUAUUAUUAGUAGUAGCAGUAGUAUUGAUAUCUUCUUUGGAUUUCAGGACCCACGGCUACUUGCGUCGGCAAGCGAUGAUGGGUCGAUAAAGAUAUGGCAAUGUUCUUGCUGA